AUGGUACAUUUGGGACCUAAGGCACCUCAGCGUAGGAAAGGAUCAUUUACGGAUGUGCCUGCAGCACUCAUGAGCGAGUUGAAAGAGUUGGAAACGCAAUUCACCGUGUCGGGAGAAACAUUGCGCAAGAUUGUCGAUCAUUUUGUCACCGAAUUGGAAAAAGGGUUAUCGAAAAAAGGCGGAAACAUCCCCAUGAUUCCGGGUUGGGUGAUGGAGUUCCCCACUGGUGAAGAAACUGGCGACUACAUUGCUAUUGAUUUGGGCGGAACCAACUUGAGAGUUGUCUUGGUCAAGCUCGGUGGGAAUCGAGAUUUCGACACCACGCAAUCGAAAUUCCCGUUGCCUGCACACAUGAGAACAGCUACUAGUAAAGAAUUGUGGGAUUUCAUUGCUGAUUGUUUAAAGAAGUUUUACGAUGAAGAGUAUCCUGAAGGUGUCAAGGAACCAUUGCCCUUGGGCUUUACUUUUAGUUACCCCGCUAGUCAAAACUGUAUUACGCAAGGUAUAUUGCAGAGAUGGACUAAAGGAUGGGCCAUUGAAGGUGUCGAGGGACAGGAUGUUGUGCCGUUGUUGCAAGAGGCCAUUGAAAAAGUUCAAGUGCCCAUGAAGAUUGUUGCUGUGAUUAACGAUACAACUGGUACUUUAGUUGCUUCCAGAUACUGUGACCCAGAAACUAAAUUGGGGUUGAUAUUUGGAACAGGCGUCAAUGGUGCUUAUUACGAUGUUGUCCAAGACAUCCCCAAGUUGGAAAACAAACUCGAAGCUGACAUUUCCGGCGACUCACUAAUGGCCAUCAAUUGCGAAUAUGGUUCUUUUGACAAUGAGAAACUCAUAUUGCCUAGAAACAAAUACGACGUGAUGAUCGAUGAAGAAUCGCCAAGACCGGGGCAACAAACUUUUGAAAAAAUGAACUCCGGCUACUAUUUGGGCGAAAUCUUGAGAUUGGUGCUCGUUGACUUGGCCGAAAACAAAAAGGUCAUAUUCAAAGACCAAGACUUGACCAAGUUGAACCAAGUUUACAUCCUCGACACUUCAUUCCCAGCCAGGAUCGAAGAAGACCCAUUUGAAAACUUGUCCGACGUGCACGAGAUUUUUCAAUCCGUGUUGGGGAUCCAAACCACCGUGCCUGAAAGAAAAGUCAUCCGCCGUAUUGCCGAGAUGAUCGGCAACAGGUCGGCCCGAUUAUCCGUAUGUGGAAUUGCGGCUAUAUGCAAAAAGAGAGGCUACACGACGGCUCACUGCGCUGCUGACGGGUCAGUUUACUCGAAAUACCCCGAUUUUAAGAAGAGAGCUGCUCAAAGCUUGAGAGACAUAUUUGAAUGGCCCGAUGACGUGAAAGAAGACCCAAUUAUGAUUGUUGAUGCAGAAGACGGAAGCGGAGUUGGAGCCGCCGUCAUUGCUGCAUUGACUGAAAAGAGAUUGAAACAGGGCAAGUCCGUUGGUAUUAAAGGUACAUAG